AGCCGGAGGGGCGGGAUGAGCGGGGAUGUGGUCCUUUACCCAGACAGACCAGGGCUAGCAGCAGGGUAUAAAUGGUGGCCUGUGAGCCACGGGCUACAACAGGCAUCAGCGGAGCAUCCUACAAGAGCUAGACAAGAGAAACCAGCUGCCACCAUGAAGACCCUCACCCUGGUGACUUUGCUGGCUCUGGCGACCCUGUGCCUGUGCCGUGGAGGCUCGGAUCAUUCCAACAGCGCUAAUGACUCGCCCAGCUCUGAAGCAUUCGUCUCCAAACAGGACAGCGCCGAGGUGGUGAGGAGACACAAACGGAACUACGUCUACAGCAGGUUCUACGAUCUCAUCCACGACCCUCUCGAGGGCAAGCGGGAGAUCUGUGAGCUCAACCCCGACUGCGACGAGUUGGCUGACCACAUUGGCUUCCAGGAGGCUUACAGAAGAUACUAUGGGCCGAUUUAGAGCUUCCUGGCCCAGAGAUCCCCCCACGUCAAUCACAGCGCCGGGGAGAGAGAAAGAGGAAUUGUUGCCCAAGAAGCACAGCAGGGAGCAGAGAGAUCUUCUGCCCCAGGCUGAUUUUUGUAACCGUGUGUUAAACGUACAAGCUUUUAUGUUCCCUCAGCUGCCAGGCCAGCCCUGCUCCUUGUACUGAGCCCGGAGCGCUUGCGCUUGUAUCUAUAAUGCCGUACUGGCUGUUUCCAGCACGUCGCGCUGUUUUUAUGCUAUGGAAUGUUUCUUUAAUGAGGUCUGAGAAAAUAAACGUGAGGAGCGGU